AUGGGCGCCUAUCUCUAUGGGCGCCUAUCUCUAGGGGCGCCUAUCUCUACGGGCGCCUAUCUCUAUGGGCGCCUAUCUCUAGGGGCACCUAUCUCUAGUGGCGCCUAUCUCUAUGGGCGCCUAUCUCUAGGGGCGCCUAUCUCUAUGGGCGCCUAUCUCUAUGGGCGCCUAUCUCUAUGGGCGCCUAUCUCUAUGGGUGCCUAUCUCUUUGGGCGCCUAUCUCUAUGGGCGCCUAUCUCUAGGGGGGCGCCUAUCUCUAGUGGCGCCUAUCUCUAUGGGCGCCUAUCUCUAGGGGCGCCUAUCUCUAUGUGCGCCUAUCUCUAUGGGCGCCUAUCUCUAUGGGCGCCUAUCCCUAUGGGUGCCUAUCUCUUUGGGCGCCUAUCUCUAUGGGCGCCUAUCUCUAUGGGCGCCUAUUCCUAUGGGUGCCUAUCUCUUUGGGCGCCUAUCUCUAUGGGCGCCUAUCUCUUGGGGCGCCUAUCUCUAUGGGCGCCUAUCUCUAUGGGCGCCUAUCUCUAUGGGCGCCUAUCUCUAUGGGUGCCUAUCUCUUUGGGCGCCUAUCUCUAUGGGCGCCUAUCUCUAGGGGCGCCUAUCUCUAGGGGCGCCUAUCUCUAUGGGCGCCUAUCUCUAUGGGCGCCUAUCUCUAGGGGCGCCUAUCUCUAG